UCCAAAUUCAAAACACUUUUAAUCAUGAAGCAAUAUUUUGCCAUCCUCGCUGUGUUUUUUCUCUCACUGCUGCUCUUCAAGAACUCAGAGGCUGACCUCCAGUGCAAUGAUGUUCUGAAGGACUUGACCCCCUGCGUCAGCUAUCUAACAAGCGGCAGCGGAAGCCCGUCAACUGCUUGCUGCAAUGGGGUCACGACCUUGGCAUCUGCUGCAUCGACAACAGCUGAUAGAAGGGCUGCAUGCAGUUGCAUCAUGUCUGCUGUAUCCAAGGUCAACCCUAGCCCAAAAGCAACAAAGGCACUGCCAGGGAGUUGCAACAUCACCUUUCCUUUCACUGUCUCCCCUAAUGUGGAUUGCUCCAAAAUUAGUUGAACGGAGCCCCCGGCUUCAGGAAUGUGGAGCAGCUGGCUAUCUGUGAUUAAGCAUCUUGUUAUUGCUAUGUGUGCUAAGUGUGUAUUACUCUGUGUACUGAGUAAAGUGCAUCCUAUUCUCUCCAUUGAUUGUAUAAGGAUCAAUGUGCAGCUUGUACUAUUGACUCCUAAGAAGAACUUGUUUGUCAUCUAUAAUUGUGAAUCUCCUAUGUGUAAAUGUUCAUCCCCCAUCCGCGACUUAGUG